AUGGCUGUCCGCGAUAGUCUCGGCCCCGUGAUGGCUGCAUUCAUUGCCAUCGACGGCGUUAUUGUCCUCGCUCGUCUUGGUGUACGAACCAAAUUGACGACUCUCGGAUAUGAUGACUAUGUUAUUGUGGUAGCAAUGCUCGCAUUCAUCCUCAUGUGCGCCUUCACCUUCGUUUCGCUCCACUACGGAUUCGGCGUGGCAGAUCCCGAGGUCAUUGCCGGCAUGGCCCACUACAAUGUCAUGGAAGCCCAGCGAUACUUUACCAUCGCCCAGAUCACAUACGUCGCCGGGUUCCCCAUCGUUCGAAUCAGUGUAGCCCUGGUCCUUCAUCGAAUUGUACAGGGCUGGCCUCGCACGCAACAAUUACUUGUGGGGAGCAUGGUAGUCAUCGGCAUCUACGCACUGGGAUGUCUUUUGGUCGACGUGUUCCAGUGUAUUCCUCUCAAAGCUGUUUGGGGAGACGGUACUGGCAAGUGUCUUAGUUCGAAGCAACUGGCAGGCUUAGGCUUUGCCGUGGCCGCAUUGGAUAUUGCAUCCGCUCUUUUCUACGCCAUACUGCCCAUCUUUCUUCUCAAGGGCUUGCAGAUGGGUAGAAGAACCAAGGUUGCUAUCAUCAUACUACUUGGCCUUGGUGCUUCGACCGUGGUUAUCAGUUUUAUUCGAAUGAAGAGUCUGAUCCAGAUUGUCAAUGCCAAGAAUAUUCCCGAGGCAUUGGACAAGCAGCUGGAGUCUUUCAUCUACUCCGUCCUCGAGUUUGGCAUCUCCAUUCUGACAGCCUCCCUGGUUGCCUUCCGUCCUCUCAUCAAGUACCUACCAUUCGGCAGCAUGGGACGCAGCUCUCGUCCCAAGGGUCCUUCAGCCGACAGCAGUGGACCAGGAAUCAGUGGCAAGGGUGACUUUGAGAUGGGUCGCCGGAAAUACGUCAACGUACCUGACCCAGCCCCAUUGGACUCUGACGAUGGAGAAAGUCAGCGUAACAUCCUGCACCAAACAGACUCCCACUGGAAACAGUCUGCUACCACCAUCACAUCUACUUCUAAAUAG